CAGAAACACACAGUUCCACAGUUGGAAGAAAACCCCAGAAUGGAUUCCAAUGAUGAUAACAUGGUCUUUGUUUCAGGAGUCCCUGUGGGCUGGACUCAGGAAUACAUACUCUGGUCAAUAGACAGGAGUCUCCGACAGAUCUUCCAACAUCUGGAAAGUGCAAGAUCAAGUCUUAUGGACCAGCCUUUGCCUGAAUUCCAGGAUAUGAUUUCUUCCUCUUCCUCCUCCUCCUCCUCCUCUUCCUCUGUUAUUGUGGCUCAGGAGGAUGCUCUAUCUUGUUACAGUGAGAAGGCCAAAUCUUCUACCGACCACAGCCUCUCCUCUAGAUCAUCAAGCAAAAACUCCAGCUUAUCUUAUCAUCCUUUCUUUUCUGAAGGAACAACCUGGCAAUUCCAGAGCAAAAGUUCACCUGUUUCCCCUCAAAACCAACCAUCUGCAUUCAGGAACCAAGACACAUCCCUGCCUCCUUUUCAGUGCAAAGAGCCAAAGAAAUCAGAACUUUUUCAGAAUUCGGCAGCUCUUUCAUCCUUGCAUCCUCAAAACUCUUUCAUUAACUCUAUUUUAAAACCCUUAAAUCUCUGCAAACAAGAAGAGAAGACAAAAGAUAAGAGAAAGAGAAAGAGUCAUUUGGUCAAAGAUCAUAGGCCAAAUUGUAUUUCAAGUAAAAGACCACAGCUCCCAGAGUGGGCCCCAAUCCAGCUCUCUUCUUUGGUUAGAGGGGAGCUAGAAGGACACGUGUCUUGGAAGGCUUGUACUUUGCGGAAACAAAGAGCGCCUCUGACUGUGAAGGAGUCAUGGGCAACGACUGAUUGUUUAGUCCCUGAAACAGAGAACUCUCAAGCCCCAUUGUCUAUGCCAAUUUGUCAAAGCACUAAACAAGAUGCCAACAAUAAAUCCUCAGAUGACUUUCUAUCAUUUCGGCUCCAUGUGAACCCUGCAGUGGAAUCUGGAUUAACUAGGUCAGAAACAAAAAAUAUACAGUCACAUAUCUCAAGUAAGCAGUUACAAUCUGGAGAUGACCCCCAAAUCCUUGGAUGCAAACCUUUAGUUAUAUCAGUGAGCACUCCCCCUCUAAGAAGUUUAGAAGAGACCACAUUACUAAGGAAAGACCCCCAACACGUGCUAGAAAUUAGUGUAGGGCAGAGGGUGGUUGGUCUUCCUGAAAAGAGGAUCCAACAGCAUAAGGCACAAGUGACUAAUGUGGAGCUGACCCCAAGACUACCUCAUCAAGAUAGUAUAAAGAUAACUCCAUUGGAAUUGCUUCAGGUCAUGGAUUCAAUGGGAAUGAUCCCAGAAACACAUUCAGAAGUAAUAGAAUCUGCAAGUUUGUUCCCAAAGCCACAAAAUCAAGUUGUAAAACUAAUGGAAACUAUGGAAACAGUGAGUGUAACUCCCAAACCACCAAUAAUUGAAUCAGUGAAGUUAACUCCAAGUCUUCAGCACCAAGUUUUGGAAGCCUCAAGACUGAAUCCAGCCACAGAUAAUGUGAAGGUAACUCCUGUAUCUUUGCUUCAAGUCAUGGAUUAUAUGGGGAUGAUGGGCAAAUCACAUCAACAUACCAUAGAGCCCAUAGGAAUGACCCCAAGGUCACAAUAUCAAGUCAUCGAGUCAGCAAAGACAGACACAUUAUUGGACUGCCAAUCUAUAAAACCAGGAAAGAUAAGCCCAAAGCUACAACAUACAGUCAUGAAAACUGUGGGCAUAAUGCCAGAGCCACAGCAUCAAGCCAUGGAACAUGCAAAGAUUACUCCAACACCAAUACAUCAAAACACAGAACCAAUGGUCUCAACAUCACAAGUCAUGGAUCAUGUGAAAAUAACUCCAGGGGCACUGUCACAAGCCAUGGAUUUCAUGGGGAUAAUUCCACCAGAACCACCACAUGUUGUAGAACCUGGGGUUUUGACUUCAGGUUCACAAUUUCAAAGUGCAAAUCUGACUCCUAAGCCAUCUUUAUCAGAGAAACGGAUUACUUCUAGUUCUGCUCCACUAAGAAUUGUAAAAUCUGUGAGUCUGCCUCCAAAGGCAUCGACUAAAGUCAAGGACGCAGCAGGAAUGGUUCUAACACGACAUCAGUCUACACAUUCUCUAAAGGGAACUCCCAUAGUACUCACGUUGCCCACAAAAAUGAACAUAGCCCCACAGUCACCAGUUACAGAAUCUGAUGGUUUGACCCCACAACCAAUAUCGCCUAUCAAGAAAUCUCAAGAACUGACUUCUGGGUUUCAUGCUCAAACGCAGGACUCGAUAUGGAUGACUACACAAUGUCAAGGUCCAGAAUCUGCAUCAUUAACCUCAGGAUGGUCUCCUCAGAUCAUGGGUCCUUCAAAGCUGACCUCAAAGCAUCAAAUACUAGAAUAUUCAGAUAUGAGCCCGAGCCAUAAAGAGAAAGAAACUAUGGCACUGACCUCUGAUACUUGUUUACAAAUGAAGGAAUCUGAAUUAGUACAGUCACAUCCUCAGAUAAUGCAAUAUUUAGAAACAAGCCCAGGGUCACCAGGUCAAAGUACAGGAUCUAUAGAAAUGAGCCCCAAACUACCACAUCAAGUCAGAAAAUCUUCAGUAAUAGUGGGAAUUAAUCAAAGACCAUGUCUGCAAGAAGUAAUGGAUUCUGCAAAGUUAUCCCCAGGAUUGAAAAAUGUAAAGCCUGAGAAAAUGAUCCUAGAGGCAGGGUUACAAAGUAUGAAAUCUGUAGAUAUGACCAGAGAUAUAGUCCCUCAAAUGGUAGAAUAUGGACAGACAAUCCCAAGUACGAAAUCUAUUGAUUUGGCCCCAGAAUGUCAAUGGCAGAGUGUAAAAUCUGCUGAAUUUGUGCCAGCAUCACUGCCGCAAGAUAGGAAAUCUACAGAUUCGAUCCCCAAUUCGCAGUUUCAGGGUGCAGAAUCUGUUCAUUUGGCACCACCCAUAGAGUUUCAAGAAACAAAAACUGGAUCUCAAGGAACAAAAACAAAGUUGACCUCUGACAUUUGUCAUCAAGUGGGAAAAUCUAUUGGGUUUACACCAUCAUCCUUAGAAAUUACUCCAGAGCCACUGAGCCAAACUUCAGCAUCUAUAGAGAUGAGCUCCAUGUCAUUCCAUGAUACUCCUAAAGCUAGGAUCCAUGUUACAGGAGAGAUGAGAGAGAUGCCAGAAUUACAACACCAAAUGGAAUCUCUGUCUUUGGUACUUGGAUCAGAGGAUCAAACUGUAAAACCAGAAGUGUUGACCUCAGAUCCAAAGCCUGAAGGUGGGAAAUUCAUUUAUCUGAAUGUAGAGCCACAUUCAAAAGGCACUAAGCUUUCAAAGAUGCCGCUAAGUUCAGAAUAUGAAGACACAGAAACUGUGAAGUUGACAUUGCCUCAAGCUGAUAAGAUCCAAGCGUCCAUCUCAGAACCAUAUUCAAAAAUAGGGCCUCUGCAUUUGACUCCAGGACCAGGGAUACAAGAAGAGAAGACAGCGUCAUCUCCAUUAGUGACUGGGUCUACAAAAUUAUCUGCUGAACCAAAACUACACGUUAGAGGCUUGACUCCCGGGUCACAGCUCCAGGGAGCAAAGUGUAGGCAAAUGGAUCCAGAGUCACAGUUGCAAGAUGUGCAAUGUGUGAAUUUAAUCCAUCAGUCAGCUACAGCAGUGGUAGAAUCUGAAAAGCCAAAACCUGGCCUGGUGCUACAAAAUAUGUUACUAGAGGACUUGUCAGAGGGGACACAGCUCCAAAAUGUGAAAUCUGUGGAUUUAAAUCGAGGUUCAGAAUGGUCAAAUGUCAAGUCUUUUAGAUCAGCUCCGGGGCCACAGUUGCAAAGUGUCAGAUUUUCAAAGUCAUCUCAAGGGCCAUUUCUUCAAAGAAAAAGACCUGCACAUUUAAUCUCAGGACCGUCACAUUUUGGAGUGAAAUCUGUCGAAAUGACUUCAGGGUCCCCAGAACAAGAAAUCAAAUUACUAGAUUUUAUUCCAAGACAAAAACAUCAAAAUGACAAAUCUGCUCAGUUGAUUCCAGAACCCCAAGCUCAGGGUGUGAAAACUGUGGAACCAAACACUGGACCAAACUUGCAAAAUGUCAGAUUUUAUGAUUUGAUCCCAGAUCCAAAACAUCAAGGUUUCCAACAUAUACAGCUGGUGGAAGGGAUUCCACUUCAGGAUAUAAAGUCUCUAGGGUGUGUACCAGAAUCAUUUUUGCAAUUAAGCCAAGAGCCACAGGCUGAAGAUAUGAAGUCUGUUCUGUCUCCUGAAGGAUCCCAACUUCAUAGCCUGGAAUCUAUGUUGUGUUCAGAACUACAACCUGAAGAUGCGAAAUCCGAGGAAGUAAACUUAGGGCUAUGGCAACAAGAUGUCAAUUUUUCUGAGUUGACUUUAGGGCCAAAGCUUCAAGGUGUCAAAUUUGGGGAUCAAAUCCCAGGAUCAUUGUUUUAUGAUAUGAAUUUUGAAGAGGACUUAGGGCUUCAUGAUUCCAAAUUAUUAGCAAAGAUGUCUUCAGGGCUUCAAGAUAUGAAACAGGUGGGGUUAACCCCAGGACCGUGUCUACGGGAUGUCAAAUUUUUUGAUUUAACACUAGGAAUUCAACCUCAAGGCGUGGAAUCUUCAGAGUUAAACUCAAGGCCACAGUUAAAAUGCAAAAAACCAUUGGAGUUGUCCUCACAGACAGAGAGGCAAGAGGUUAAGCCAGGGUUGUUAGUCCCAGAGCCACUGUUUCAAGAUGUAAAACAUGCAAUAGUGAACCACAUGCCAAGCUCUGAAAGUGAAAUUUCCUACGAAUUAAUCUCAGAGCCACAGAUUCUAAAUGGAGAAUCUAUGGCAUUGACUCCUGGGAGACAGUCACUAAAUGUAAACUAUUCUGUGUUGACCACAAGGCCCCAGUCACAAGGUAAAAAGUCUUCUGAAUUGACCCAAGGACCACAGUUGGAAGACAUAAAAUCUAAGGAGCAAACACCAAUCUUGGAACUGCAAGGUUUAAAAUAUAAAUUGAUCCCGGAGCCACAGCAAGAAGAUCUGAGACAUAUAGAGUUCAACACGUUGUUACAUUUGGGAGCUCUGAAAUCUAUACCAGAGCUGAGAGAAGCCAAAUCUAUGGUGUUAACCCCAGGGCUACAAGCAGAAGCUAUGAACCCUAAGGAGCUGACUCUGAGCCCAAAACACAAAGGUUUAAGGUCUGAGUUUCUGCCUUCAGGAUCACAGUUGGGAGAUACGACAUCUAACAUCUUAAUUCCAGAACCAUGUCAACAGGGCAUGAAAUCUACAGAUACAACCCCAAUUCCCCAACUGGAAAGUGUGAAAUCCAUGGAGAGAAAAGAUUUCAAAUCUGUGGGACUUACCCAUGAUCACGAGCUUGACGAUAUGAAUUCUGUGAACUUGAUUCCAGGCUCAAGAAUUCAAGAUUUGAAAACUGUGCAGUUGGUCCCAGAUCCACAGGUUCAAAGUGAGAAAGUGAUGAAGUUGCAACUUGGGCUAAACAGGCAAGAUAAGAAUUCUAUAGGCUCUGCAUCAGAGCUAUUACUUCAAGGGCCUCACCUUCCAAGUAUGACAUCUGACAAACUGACUUCAGACCCACAAAUGCAAGAAAUGAAACUUGAAGAGAUUAGUUCAUGUUGUAAGCAGCAAACUUUAAAACCUGCAGAGAAGAUUCCCAACCAGCAUCUGCGAAGCUUCAUAGUUGUAAAGUUUAACCCAAGGAUAAAGAAGCAGGUACUAAAGUCUGUGAAUGUAAUCAGAAGACAUGGGUUUCAUGGAAUAAAGUCUGUAGAUUUAGCACCAAAGCCACAGUUCCAUGGAAUUGCACCUGUGGAUUUAGGUCUUGGGCCUGGAAAGGAUGGUCAGAUAUCUGUAAACCCACCAGAGCUGAAAUUUGUGAAUGUAGACCAAUGGAAGAGAGGUCCUGAGUCUUUGAGGGUAAUUACAGAACCCAAAUCCAAGGCUAUAGAAUCUGUAGACCUCAACUCCAAGGUCCAGAGGAAAGAUAUGCAAUCAUUUAAAUUGGCUCCUAAACCAGUUACUCAAGAUAUUAGAGCUGAAGAGUUCAACUGUGAACCACAGUGGCAAAAUACAAAGCCAUUCAAGUUGACCCCAGGCCCACAACUAUACCCACCCUGGGGUUGGACUUUGAAGCCACCACUUCAAGGACUAAAAACUGUGGAAUUAAGCAAAGAUCCACAACUUGCAAGUAUGACCUCUCUUCAGUGGAUUCCAGGACCUGAGUUCCAAGGUGUAGUAAAAUCUGUAGGGUUAAAUCUUGGGUCACAAUCUCAAGGUGUCAAACCUUCUGAAUUGAAGCCCUCCGUACACUUGGGGGAUGAAAAGUCCUGUGAGUUGAAUCCAAGCUCAAAACUCCAAGGAGAAAAAUCUGUGUUUACUUCUGGGCCACAGUUUCAGUAUGAGAAAGCCCCUAAAUUGUCUGUAGGAUUAGAGCUACAAAGAAGGAAAGUUUUUGCUUCAGCCUCAGAGCCACAGCUUCGAGGUGUGAACACUGUGGAGUUAGACAAAAAGCCAUGGCUUGAAAGUGUGAGAUCUGUUGAGUGGAUACCAGGACCUGAAUUCCAAGUUACAAAAUCUAUGCUGAAUCUUGGAUCACAGUUUCGAGAAUUGAAACCUUCAGUAAAGUUAAGAGAUAUAAAGAUAGCGGAGCUGAUUCCAAGGUCAAAGCUUCAAGGGAUACAACCAGGUGACUGCACUUCAAGCUCAAGACUUAGUGAUUUAGAACCAAUGGCAUUCAAACACGGUCUUCAUUUACAACAGAUGAAAUCUGAGUUGACCCCAGAACUGCAAGAAGUGAAACUAUUAGAGUUAUCCCUAGGUACCCAGUUUCAAGAUGGAGAGUCUCCAGUGUUUACACAAGAUACUCAGCUUCCAGGAGUAAAAUCCGAGAUGUUAAGCCAAGGACCCCAAUUACAAAGUGAUAAAAUUGUAGGGCUAAACUCCCUACUUCAUUUGAAAAGUGUGAAAUCAUCUGAGUUGGCUAGUCAGAAAAAGCUUCAAGGCAUGAAAUCUGAGGAGCUCAACUCUGAGUCGCAAUGGCAAAGUAUGAAAUGUUCUCAGUUGACACCUAAGGCAAACUCUCAACGUAUGAAAUGUACCUUAAGCUCUAGGUCACAGAUGAAAGGAGAGCCAUUUUCUGACUUGACAAUGGGGACCAACAGUCAAUACAUCAAUUUUACAGGCUUCAAACCUGUGCCACAAUUGCAAGGUGUAAACUCUUCUGAGUCAAUACCGAAGACACGGCUUGAAGAAGUGAAAUGGGGAGAAUUGGAAUCAGGCCCACAUUUAGAAGAUGUGAAAUCUUCUACAAUGAUCCCAGGUAUAAAAGUUCAAGAUGUAAAACCUAUGAAUUUCAGAUCUGAGUCACCAGGUGUGAAAUCUGAAACAAUUCAAUGGAAAAAGUUCCAAGAUGUGAAAUCUGUACAAGUCCAGUCUAGCCCAAAGUUACGAGGUGAGAAGCCUGACUUAACCCUGGGAGAGGAGUUCUCAGGUGUGAAACCUGUAAGACUGAAGUCAGGCCUACAGUUACAAGACAGGAGCCCUACCGAGCUGCUCAUGAGUAUAAAACUUCAAGGUGCAAAAUCUAUGGAGGUCAGUCCUGGACAAUGCUUUAGAAGUGUGAAAUCUUCUGAGAUGAUCACAGGAACAACAUUUCAAGGUGUGAAAUCAGUGGACUUCAACUCUGCCACACAAAUGCAAGGUGAAAAAUCUUCUGAGUUGUUUCAAGGAACAAAACUUCAAAAUGGGCAAUCUGUAGAGUUCAAACAUUGUUUAAAUUUAUCAGAUGUGACCUCUGACUUAAUAUCGGACAGCGAAGCUGUGAAGUACAACUCAGGCCACCAGUUUCAAGGUGCAAAAGAUUCUAAGUUGGUCCUGGGGACAAAGCUUCAAGAUGUAAAACCUCUGGAUUUCAGUUCUGUGCCACACCUGGAAUGUGUAAAAUCUUCUGACAUAAUCCCAGGGACAAAGCUUCUCAAAGAUCAAUCUGUAGGGUUCAUGUCUCAGCCACUGUGGCAAGAUGUGAAGUCUUUUCAGUUGACUCUAAGUAAGGUACAAGCCAGGAGACCAUUUCAGUUCAACUCAGCCCCUCAGCUACAAAAUCGGAAAUUAUUCAUGUCCACACCAGAGAUACAGCUCCAAGAUAUGAAACCCAUGGAAUUCAACCCUGAGGGAAAGUUGCAAGGUGUAAAAUCUAAGUCCAUAAGCCUUCAAAUAGUGAGCAAUACAGAAGCCAACCAUGACUUCAAAAUGCAGGAUGCAAAACACUCACACAGUAUGGUACCUUCUCAAUUCAAUGCUGGGAAUCAGCUGCAAGAUGAGAAAUCUCCUAAAUCAAGUCAAUGGCCACAGUUUCAAGGUGUAAAUUUUAUGAUGCUCAAUCCUGAUUCGCAUUUGCAGCAUAUAAAGUCUUCAGAAUUGUGCACAGGAACAAAGUUUCAAGAUGUGAAAUCUAUGAAAUUCAAUUCAGAACAGUUGGGAGAAGUGAAAAUUUCCCUGGGAACAGAGUUUCCAGGUAUGAAAUCAUUACAUCCCCAGUUACAAGGGGUAAAACCUUUUAAGCUGUGCAUAGAGACCACACUUCCAGAUGCACCACCUCUGGAAUUCAAGCAUGAGCCCAAAUUGCAAAGUGGGAAAUCCUCUGAACUUAAUACAGGGCAUAAAAACUUGACACUAUUUAACAUUGGGCCACGAUUACAAGGCAUAAACUCUUCUGAGCUGAAACCUGGGCCAGAGCUUGAAGAUAUGAAAUCUAAGAUGCUCUACCUUGGACCACAUUUGCAAAGUGUGACUUCAUCUACAUGCAUUUCAGGGCCCACACUACCAUAUGCCAAUUUGACUGAAUAUAAUCCAUAUUUUCAAGGUGUAGAUUCUCCUAAAUACUUUACAGGGACAAAACCUCAAUGUAUAGAUGCUAGUGAGUGUGACCCUGGGUUACCUUUGCAAAGUCCAAGUUCUGCAUGCACUUCAGGGCCUAAAUCUCAGUGUGUCAGUUCUAAGGGGUGCAAGCCUGGGACACACUUUCAAUGUGUGGAUUCUUCUGCAUGCGCUCCAGGGCCAAAGCCUCAGUGUGUUGGUUCUACUGGAUGUAACCCUGGUCCGUUAACAUUUUCUAUAUCCAUUCCAGGGCCACAGUUUCAGUGUAUAAAUUCUCCUGGCUGCAACCCUGAGUCACAUUUGCAAGGUAUGAAUUCUGCAUGUAUUCCAGAGCCAAAACCUCAGUGUGUAAACUACAUUGGUUGCAAGCCUGAGCCACAUUUGCAAGGUGCAUAUUCUUCUGUAUGUAUCCCAGGGCCACAAUUUCAAUGUGUAAACUCUAUGCAAUGCAACCUUGGGCUACAUUCGCAAGAUGUGAAACCAUCUGAAUCAACUGAAAUUUUAAAACAUCAAUGUAUGAAAUCUCCUGAGCUGAAUCUAGGGACUGAAAUGGAAUGUGAGACAGAUAUGACAGUCAACUUGGGAUCACAUUUGCCAAGUGUGAAAUCUGUAUUGACUACCAGAUCAAAGUUUCUAGGUGUAGCUCCCAUGGAAUGCCACCCAGGGCCACAAGCACAGUGUAUGAAUUCUUAUGAAUUGAAUCCAGGGACAAAAUCACAAUGUAUAAAUUCCACAGAGUACAAACUUGGGCCAUACCUGCAAGGUACAAAAGCUUCCACAGACACUUUAGGAAAAAAAUGUCAAGGCAUGAGAUUUUCUGAGUUGCACACAUGGCCAGAAUUUCAAGAUACAGAAUGCAAUGUAUUCAGCACUGUGCAGCAUUUACAAGACAUACAAUGUGAGUUGACUCCAAGAACAAAGUGUCAAGGUAUAACAUCUAUGAAGGUCAAUUCUGGUCCACAGCUUCAAGGUAUGACCUCUUCUGAGUUGAAUUCAGAGCUAAAAUACCAGUGCAUAGAUUCUGAAAAGUGCAGUUCAGGGCCACAAGUGCAAAACAUGAAGCCCUCUAACUUGAACUAUGGGUCAGAACCUCAAAGUACAAAAUAUGUUCAGUUCAACUCUGGACCAUACUUGCAAUCUGAGUUAAUACCUGGGACAAAGUGUCAAGGAGUCCAGUUUUUGGAGAACCAACUUGGGUCACAGAAGCAAGUUGAAAAACCUGUGUUCACUCUGGGGCCUCAGUCAAAUGAUAUGAAAUCUGUGAUAUUUUUCCCAGAGUCACUGCUUAAAGAUGAAAAGUCUUUAGAGAUGAGCAAACAGCCAUUGCUUUGUGGUAUGACUCCUAUGCAAUUGACUUCUGGCUCUGAGCAGCAGGACUUGAAAUCUGAGAUGUUUCCACUAAAACCAUGUUGUCAGAAAGUGACGUCUGUAGCGUUAAAAACAGAGCCACAUUCACAAGGGAUUAAUCCCGAGAAAGUAUCCUCAUACCUCACACAGCACAACAUGGUUUUUGUACCAGAGUCAAAUUUUCAAUGUGUGAAAACUUUGGAGUUGAAACCAGGACUACCUCAAAGUAUGAGUUCUUUAAAGUUGACACCAUAUUUCAGGUCACAAUGUGUUAACUCCAUGGUCUUUGCACCCAAAUCAUGUUUUCAGGAUGUAAAACCUGAGGAGCUGAAGCUAGGGUCCCAACAACAAGGCAUGAAUUGCCAAGAGCUCACUUCAGGAUGGCAAGAUGUGAAACCAGUAACGUUAAGACCAAAGUCAUCUAGGAUGUUCUUACCAGGGCCAACACUGACCAGUGUCAAAUUCUCAAAUAUGUCUCCAGAAUCACAGCCACUAGGUGUGAAACCUUUCAAGUUUACUUCAGAGCCAAAGUCGCAAGGUGUAAACAAUGUGAAGUUGUCUUCAGUGUCUUUGCAGCAAACUGUAAAGUCUGUGACAUUGCCACCAAGGUUACUGCCUCAAAAAAUGAAAUCUGGGGCCAGAACGCCAAAAACAAGAGAUCAAGUCACAGAAUCCUCUGAAAUCCCUAGCCCAUGGCAUCCAUUUGUAGAAUAUACAGAGACGAUUCCAAAGCCAAAGCACCAAGUACCUCAAUACAUGAAUUUGAUUUCAAUACCAAUCUGUCAAGCCCCAGAAAUGACACAAAGAUUGGCUCAUAAAGCCCCAGAAACACUAAAGAAAACCAUGGGGUUGACCCCAAUGCCAACAUGUAAAGGCAUAGAAUCUUCAGGGAUACCUCUGAAGGUAGGUCUUCAGGUACCAGAAUUUAUUGUCAUGACAUCAAGGUUAGGACAUCAAGUUCCUGAAUCUCUAUUGACUUGUGAGAAGCCUAUGAAAUUAACCUCAAAGUCACAGCAUCAUGUGGGAUCUGCAGGAGUAGCAUUAGGACAUCAACUCCUGGAAUCUGUAAGUGUGAUCCCUAAGCUGCAAGUGGAGGAAUCUUUAAAGCUGCCCCCAAAGCAAACAAAUCAUACUGUAGGACAUGGAGAAUCUGUAGAAGUCAACUCUGAGACAUGGCAAGGGAAUGUAUCAGUUAGACCAAAACAACCACAGAAUCAAAGUAUGAAACAUUCAGAAACAGCCCCAGCAGGCCCACGGGGUCAAGUUAUAAAGUGUACAGGAAUUAAUUCAAAGCCACUAGAUGAAGUCACAGCAAGGGCACGGCUUCAAGUAGCUUGCUCAGUAGAAGCAACCCCAGUAGCUCCUUCUGUGAAAGUGAUUCCUGGGCCGCCACUUCAAGUUGCAAAGUCUGUGAUACUGUCAAGGCCAACCCCACAGAAGGCAGAAUAUGUUAUGCUCACUCCCAAACUACAGGAUGUGACACCUUCAGAGUUUGCUUCAGGUCUGUGGUUACAAAAUGUGAAAUCUAAGGAAUUCAUCACAGAGCCAUCACACCAAAUUUUGGAAACGAUAGCACUGACAGGAUGUGAAAUUAUAAAGACUGUGUUAAUCCCAGGGCCGCUACCUCAGCUUGUAAAAUCAGAGGAAUUAGCACCAAGACCAAUUCCUCAGGUGGUAGAAACAAUAGGAGCUGCCAUCGGAUCAGAGGUUGAGGGAGUGGAUUGUUUGAAUGGACUCCCAAGACCUCAUCUUCAAGAACUGGGAAAACCUACAGAAUUAACUCCAAGGCCAAAUAUCCAAGUGAAAUUUGCAGAAUUAACCUCACAGCAAACAUCGUGUAAAGAACCUACAGUGUUGACACAGGAGCAAAAGUUUCAGGUUGUAUUAUCCACAGGGACAAAACCAGAGCCUCCUAAUACAAUAGAACCUGAAGAUUUGAACCAAGGACAGGUGUGCCAGAAUAAGAACUCUGAGGAGUCAACAUCAGAAGAGUUACAAGACGGGAAUUACUUCUCUAGGAUUCUACACAGCCCUUCAAUCCCACUCAUUUCAACUUCCAUGACAAUCUCUGAAUUAGGAAGCCUUGGGGACUUGAGGGUACUGGAAGUACCAAGAGCUUUGGAUAUGGAAAGCCUUGGGAUAGAUAUUAUGACACAGUCUUCAGCCCUUCCCUUGACCCUUCAUAAUCAGCCCUUUGACAAAACAGCGAACGCUGUGGGAACUCCACAUCUGGAGAUCUGGAAAGAAGAUGUCACAUCUAAGGAGAGAACUAAGAGGAAGCAUAUGAAUAAGUUAGAGCACUCAUUUCAGAGUUCUGUUCAAUAUCCACCACAGAGCCGGAGAUCAGCUGCUGGGACCUUCCAAGUAGGAUCGGGGACUCAGAGAGGUUCUCUCCAUUCUUUCCUGGGCAGACAACAGAAUGUCUGGGAGAGCCAUGCCUGUCGGCAACGACUACCUAGGAAAUAUCUCUCCAGUAUGUUAAUGCUUGGCAAUGUCUUGGGGACCACUAUGGAGAGGAAGCUCUGUUCUCAAAUGUAUUUAGAAGCAAAAGCAACAACAGAUAUCUGUACAUCUAUUCAAAAUUUAUUUGGUGUUCCAGCUGAACUGAUGGAAUUUUCCAGGAGAUUGCUAAAAAAGGGUCCAGGUAUUAUUUCACAGCCUUCAGAAGUCAAAAACUAUAUUCAGAGACAUACACUAUGCCAUGAUCCUGAGAAAAGAAUGGCUUUAAGGAUGUGGACACGUGGCUCCAUAUCUUCCAUAAUACGGCAAUACUCAGGGAUUAGAGUGGGAUUAAAGAAAACAAAGUCAAAGCUCAGUGACAUAUCCCAGGAGGUCGCUCAGCACAUCCCUCUCUCAUGUGCAGGGAGUCCGCUUCCUGUUUCUGUCCUAAUAAAGUCAGAAUCUUCAUUUGGGAUAUUUUAUAAUGGGGAAGAUCCUGUUCACAUAGAAGAGAGUGGAAACUCCCACAGUAUUUCACAGACAAGGAUUUUUGAGUCCCAACCUUCCCUCAAGACAAGUUAUUUUUCCCAGACCAAGACAGACAUCUCAGAACAGUUCAAUUUGCUGCAAGAUCUGCAGCUAAAAAUAGCGGCAAAACUCUUAAGGAGUCAAAUCCCUCCCAAUGUGCCUCCACCUCUAGCUUCAGGUCUUGUCUUAAAGUACCCCAUUUGCCUACAGUGUGGACGCUGUUCAGGAUUUAAUUGCUGUCAUAAAUUUCAGGCUGCUCUGGGGCCUUAUUUGCUUAUCUAUCCUCAGCUCCACCUUGUGAGCACUCCUAAGGGCCGUGGUGAGAUUCGGUUGCAUCUUGGCUUUAGGUUGCGAACUGGGAAAAGAGCUCAGGUGUCAAAAUAUCGUGGAAGAGACAGAUCAGUCAUACCAAAGAACUCUAAAUCACCAUCAUCAAGGAAAGAUAAAAUCUACACUCCAGCUUCCAAAAGCCCUACUCCCACUGGAGAUCUCCAAUCUGGAUCUUCCCAGUCCCCUACUCCUGUACAAGUCCACAUCAGGCAAAGGCAACGGGGUGCGCCCAACUUAGUAGGAGAGCAAAGAGUAAGGGAACAACGUGAAUUCCCUCAAGUUCAUACCCAACCUGAGACCCACCCUGAGAGCUAUCGGGUUAAAAAAUGGAAUAGAAUGAGAGCCACAAAGACCCUUGAUUCAAAACAUACAUUAAAGAGAGACAAAAAGUUCUACACAAAUGGCAGAACCACAAGAAAGAGUUCCCCGAGGGAAUUACCAGGCCAUUUGAGGAGGAAGAUUGGAGCAGCUCAGGCAAGUUCUGCCUCUUUAAAAAGACAACCUAGUUCAUCUUCCCAGCCUAAGUUCAUGCAGCUGAUUUUUCAGGGCAUAAGGCAGGCAUUUCAAACAGUACAUAGAAUCAUAGCGUUGGUCGGACAGAAAUCUGAGGACAGGAGAAGGCCAGAUAAUUUGCAUUCAGGCAAAAAGUAUCAUCCAAAACAAAGAUCCAGGAAUUAUUACUUAGCAAGAGAGAGCAGAAGAACCAGGAGGCCGGUUGUUAAGCAAAGGCCAACCACCCCAACCACUAAGCAGGAGGACGUAGUGUCUUCAGGAGUGACAGAUGAAUGCAGAUCAGCUCAACAGCUAGAAAGAGUGAACUCCUGCCAGAAACCUCCGUCUGGCCAACAUCUUGAGCCUACCAUUCUCCAAACACAUACCACUUUCCAAACCACCUCUAACACACAGCUUUUGGGCACAGGGCAAAAUGACAGCAGCAGGAGAGCAAAGGGAAACCUUUACAAACACGAAGUUUCCAGCCAAGAGUCUAAGAACUUUCCCAGAGCAGCAUCCAGGUUUCAAGCCCAAGAGACAGUUGUAACCCAUUCGAAGAGAGCCUUGAAGAGUUACCUUGUAGAGAAAGACACACGGGCGAGAACUCCAAGGAAUGCCUCUGAGAACACAUGGAAACCACCUCAGCCCCUCUGA